UAAACCAGGUGGGCGGGUCCGAGGUGACGCGCAGGCAGGGCGCGCGCACAGGUACGUGGUCUCGGGGUGUGCCCUUCACGGUUGUCGGACACGUUUAAGAAGUCGCUGGAGGGAAACUAUUACAGUAGUAAAGCAGGGAGCGCGUGAGGAACAAAGACAUGGAUUUAACUCGGUUAUCGGCGCUGCUUUUCAUUUUCUGCUGCUUUUCUGCCUCAAACGCCAAAGGUAGAGGGCGGGGCUUCAUCGGGCAUAUAGACCCUACAAACACCCACGAGGUCAUUGUGGACAAGGCGACAUCCGACUCACUGAAGAGCAGCCUCACCACCGUCUUCCUCCCCGUCGUCUACAUCGUCGUGUUCGCGGUGGGGCUCCCCGCCAACGGCAUGGCCAUCUGGGUGUUCCUCUUCCGGACCAAGAAGAAGCACCCGUCGUCCAUCUACAUGGCCAACCUGGCGCUGGCCGACCUGCUCUUCGUCAUCUGGGUCCCCUUGAAGAUCUCCUACCACCUCAACGGCAACGACUGGACGUACGGCGAGCCGCUGUGCAAAGUGCUGGUGGGCUUCUUCUACGGCAACAUGUACUGCUCCAUCCUCUUCAUCGCCUGCCUCAGCGUGCAGCGCUACUGGGUGGUGGCUCACCCGCUGUCGCAGCAGCGGAAGAACAACAAGGUGGCCGUCGGCGUCUGCGUGGCCAUCUGGGCGUUCGUGUGGCUCACCAGCACGCCGCUGUACCUGUACGACCACACCGCCAAGCUCCGAGACCCCAACGUCACCACCUGCCACGACGUCUCCGUCAUAGAGGACGCCGCCAACCCGUUCCAGUCCGUGCAGCUCCCGUACUACUACUUCAUCUUCAUGGGUCUGGUGGUGUUCCUCAUCCCCUGCGUGGUGAUCACCGUGGCCUACGUUCUGCUGCGGGCCCUGGGGAACAGCAUGGUGGACAGCGCGGCUGCGAAGAACCGCCGGAAAGCCGUGGUGUUGAUCGGCAUCGUGCUGGUGACGUUCCUCGUGUGCUUCGUCCCCAGCAACGUCAUGCUGGUGGUGCACUACUCGCUGCUGAAGGACGGCGUGGUGGACAAGUACGGCUUCUACGUGUCCACGCUGUGCCUGUCCAGCCUCAACAGCUGCCUGGACCCGUUCAUCUACUACUUCGUGUCCGAGGACUUCAGGAACCACGUGAAGAACACGCUGCUGUGCCGGAGCAGCCGCACCGUGGAGAGGAUGAGGGUCUCCUUCAGCUCCAUGAAAUACUCCAGGAGGAGCAAGUCGUUUGUGUCGGACGGCGGGACCACGCAGAGCAGCUCCUGUUGAGGAGACGAGGAGAUCCGCGAACACUGUGAUGUG